UUGUAUUGUGCUGCGAGGGGCUCGUGGGGUUUGCUGUUGGAAUCAGCAAUCCAUUGUUGUGGGCUCAACUCGCUCCAUGCUUUGAGACCGUGGGCAUUGUGAAACGAAUUUGGUCUGGUUUUCUUGCACCGAUUGUGGCGCUAGAGCUCCUCGAGAGACUCCACUUCUGUUUCUAUUGCUGUAGUGCUGUUGCUCUUCAGUUCUUGUCGAACUUUCGGUGUGUUUACUUCUGCGGGUUGGGAUAUCGUUGUGUACCGCGAUUUCUAUAGACAUCUAACAUUUCAUUGCAAUUUUUUUCAGUAAAACCGUCAAAACGAAGGGAUUAAAAGUGAUGCUGAACGAGAAUAUGCUGCACUAGCAGCAGUGCAAAUUCAUAACUCUCGGUCUACUUUAAUGUAGUUUGAUAUUUUCAUCUGAAGAUUAGUAUCUAGAGAAAAGAAGGAGUAGAGCUCGAAAAUUGUAUAGUUUCUUGAUCCUUCAGCUUAUUUCUAGUAACCAAGUGUGGAAUAAGAUGUUAGUGCCUUAACGGUGGACCCGUGGUCAGUUCCUCCCUAUUUUUCAUGUAUGUAUAUAGUGUAAUUGCUUUUUUAAUCGCGUUCCUCAUCUUCCCUGCGUUUGGACUUUACAAUUUUGUAAUUUAAAACGGAUUGUAAACUUGAACAUCAUCUCGUGUUCUUGUUGCAAAUUUCGCGGAUAUUGCGCUACUGUAUCAUCGUCAUUGCCAUUAAAGAGGGAAGUUACUAAUCAACUUUUUUUCUAUGUGAUUGCUCCUGGGACAUUUCAAACACGGUGCAUUGCGCUAUUAACGAUUUUCGCGUAAAGAAAAAUAAAUAAGAAAAUAUAUCGUCUGCGUCGCGGACAGUAAAUGUCAAGGAGAUAGAGAAUACAAAGUAGUGGAUCAAACGGAAGAUAUAGUUGCGAAGCAGUGACUCGUUGGUUCUUUCAUUGUGUGCUGUGUAUGUGCAUAGGAGAAUAGCGGUUUGAGGAUAAGCACGAUUAGUGAGAUUAAACUUCUUCAAUCAGGUGGAUUUGGCGUAAAUGGAGAAUGACCAGGUGAAGAUGAUCGUUGAAUGCUAAGCAUACAUGUUGUUUGGCACAUAAAUAGCAGUGAUAGUUCGAGACUUAGCUUGAAUAGAUGCUAAUAACCUUGUGAUACUGUGCUGACGUGCAUCGAAUCUAAAAUGAGAACGCAUCAUAGCUACUAAGAUCGCCAUCUUACCAGCACGAAUGGUGCUUUGCCGUUUUAUACUAUUUGUCUUCCGCUCAAGGAGAACAACUAACAAAUCUACAACAAAUAUAAAAUCAUACUCGACCGUUUUGUCAUUAAUACGAUAAUUUCGUUGUCCAAAGCUAACUUUGGCUGGCAUUAAACAGAAAACGUGACUAGGAAAGAGAAAGAGCGAAUCAGCAAGGAAGAGCCCGGUCUAGAAAACUCGUCAUCCAAACAAAUCCAUUAGAAUUACACUGGAUUCGUAUCAAGGAACGGAGAAGAAAAAUAUUUAGCUCUAGAGCAUCAGAACUAACAUUUCCACAUUUAUAUCUUCUUUACGGAACAUCUUUACACUACAAUGUCUUCGGAACGAUCAAUUCCACAUUUGCGUGAUAUUUUCGGUUUGAAUGGAUACUCCAUGCAUAGUCAUCAUUCACCAACAAAUCAUAACGGCAAUGGAGUUAGUAAUGGUGGCAGUGUUAGCGUUGGCGGAAGCAUAGAUGCCUAUCCGCAAAUGGCGGUCGAUACAAAGAAAUCUGCAUCGAAAAAGAAACGUGACAAUAACAAAACGCUCACUAGCGGCGAUGUAAAAACACUGGAACGUCAUCUCAGCAUGAAGAAAACAAUCAGGAAGAAAAUUAUGCGUGAUUUGCAACAAGCAUUCGUUGAAGAUCCCAAUGAAUUUCGUGUGGAAAACACAAAUUCAGAACAAUUGAAGGCUGAAAUUCGUGCUGAAGCGUUACGUUUUGGUGGUGAGAAGCAUACUCGAAAAUCUGACAAUUUUCUUGAUAUGUUACGCGGCGAAAAAAGCAAUAAUGGUAAUGAAUAUUCAGCAACUAGUGUUCAAAACACUGAAUAUGAUUAUGAUAGCCCAACCGCCCCAGUUAAUACGGAGAAGCAAAGCUUCUGGCGGAGAUUCACCAUGAAGAAUAAAACUAAACGAUAACAGCUACAUGCCGUAGUUAUUCGACUUAUGUUUUAUGUAAAUUUUUACAUUUACUUCUUUGUAAUAUCCCUUUUUCUUGUACUUAAAUUGCGCAAUCCUAUAUUGUUUAUAAUUACAUGACGUGAAUUUGGUUCGACACAGAUACUGGAGACUAAAUCAGUUGAACAAGUUUAUAAAAACAAGAAAACUUUCAUUUGGAGAAUUAUAUUAUUAAAUAGGAUUAUUCUGAAAGUCUAGGCCCGUUCGUUUCUUUUAGCCGAGACUAGUUAAACAUUUCCCACUCAAUUGCCUUUAAAAUAAACUCGGCUAAAACAAAACAUUUCCGACUACAAGUUGAGUCUGAAGGAGAAUUCUUAACUAAUAAAAUCGAUCCAUUAAUGUUGACAUCUAUCGAAAUAGUUAAUAAGUGAAAGCAAUAAAAAAUAAUUUAAGAUCGUAAACAAUACGUCUAAUGGAUAAAUAAUAUAAUUAUAAUAAAUGACGUAAAUGAAAAAAGAAUGAGAAAAGUAGAAGAUUGAUGAUUGAUUUUUGAGUAUUCAGGACUUUUUCUACGAAAAGGCCCUUUUAGCUAUCACAUUAAUUGUGAAGGCGCCCUUAUCUUUGCGGCGAGCACCUUGUCUUGUAUCUGACUAAAUUCCACGUUUCAUUUCCACUCCGGGUUCCGUAAUUUGUAUUCAAAAUAUCCACACCAUUCAAUUCAUUUGAUCAAUAUGUUCACAUUAUAUUCAUACUCGCGGGAAUCUAUUAAAAUAUAGCAAAACACUCUUAAAAUUGUCUAAACCAAAGGCGAAAAAUUGCGAAAUAAAUAAGAAAACUAGUGAAUAUGCCUACAAAAGAGGUCAAGCAUCUAUUAAAGCUAAUCUUUAGAUAUCUCGACUUCUUUUAGCUGAAAAUUCAAGAAGAAUUUAAGACCACUGAAUCGUAACAUUCACUGCUAAACUGAAACGCCUAGAGAUGCCGCUUUAGGCAUUGAAUAGUAAAGUUAAGUCUAAAUUGAUAAAGAAAAAACACAUCCUAGGGAAAUAAAAAACAAGAUACGUUCCUGAAUGAAAAUUCUACUUUUCUUACCGCGAAUUUUAUUAUAUGUUAAAAUGUAUUAGAACUUUGUUGCCAAGAAUAUAUACUUACAUAUAUUUUUUCUUUUAUAUUUCUGUGAUAAAUAAUGAUGAAGCGAAAUACUAAAGUAAAUUCUAAUAUCAUUAUGGUAAAUUGAUGGCAAAAAAUAUGAAUAUCGAGAAGUUACUAUUAUCGCAAACCCGUACGAAAUGUAAAUGAUGAAAAAGAAAAACUCACGAUAGGAAUAAUAUGUUAAGUUUCACAUGAAAAAUUACUCUUUUUUAAACAAAUGUUUGUUGGUAUAUAUAAAAUGUUUACAAACAUUUGCAAUGUUAAUAGUUGUUUGUAUAUUUUUUGCUCCUGUUUUUUUUUUAUAAUAAUAGAAGAUCACCUAUUUGCAAAUUAUGGAAACAAUGUACGAUGCUGUUCAUCAUUAAAAUAUAUUUUAUGUUAUUUAAAUUCAAUAAA